AGUACGUUGAAAUUCACCACACGACAGGCAGUAUGACAGAAAGUUUAAGAAAAUAGACACUGACACUUGUGUUUUGGUAUUCAAAUCAAACAAUAUCGUCUAUAUCGUCGAGUGAUUGACUUUUUCUACGCUGAUCAAACACAAUGGCCGAUUUUGUGAAUAAAGUGGUCAUAGUAACGGGCGCAAGCAGUGGAAUUGGAGCUGGAACGGCUGAAUUUCUAGCCAAGCAAGGAGCAUGGCUAGUGUUGGUUGGUCGAAAUGAGGAGAAUUUAAAGAGUGUUGCCGCUAAAUGUCCACCAACUCACGGGGCACCGCAACCAUUGCAAAUCGUUGCCGAUGUCACGAUUGAAGCGGACGCAAAACGUAUCAUCGACACAACCAUUGAGAAAUUUCAGAAAUUAAAUGUGCUGGUCAACAAUGCGGGCAUUUUGAAACGUGGUACGAUUGAAACGAGCACCUUAGAGGACUAUGACACCGUCAUGAAUGUAAAUGUUCGAUCGAUUUUCCAUCUAACUCAAUUGGCCGUUCCGCAUUUGAUUGCCACCAAAGGCAAUGUUGUGAAUGUGUCGAGCGUCAAUGGCAUGCGAUCAUUUCCCGGCGUCUUGGCCUACAAUAUGUCGAAAGCUGCCUUGGAUCAACUCACACAAUGUGUUGCACUUGAACUGGCUGACCGUGGUAUUCGUGUCAACAGCGUCAAUCCUGGCGUGAUUGUGACAAACAUCCACAAACGAGAUGGCAUGGACGAAGCAGCCUAUGCCGCAUUCCUUGAGCAUUCGAAAUCAACACAUGCACUUGGUCGAGCCGGUAAUACAAUCGAAGUUGCCGAAUCGAUUGCAUUUUUAGCCAGUGAACGAGCAUCGUUUAUUACAGGCGCAAUUCUACCUGUUGAUGGUGGUCGUCAUUCGAUGUGCCCACGCUAAACAAUCAUCAUUACAACGUUCAAUUUAAAGUCAUUUUAAACCAUUUUUAUGCAAACAGAAUCAUCGUUAUAAACUCAUUGACAUGUGAAUUUUGAUUGUGGAAUAUUUUCAAUAAAAAAACUUUUUCAAACACA